AAUAAACACUAACCCUCAUUUCAUUUCUCUUGCAUUUGGCGGAUUAAGAAAGUCUAUCCGCGCGGACAAUAGUUUCGUAUUAUCCGUACGCCUUGCUGCCCCAUAUUCAUUGGAGCGCACACGCCAGCCCAGUCUCCAGCGGGAAACCUGAACAGAAACGUAAUAAGGCGGACCUGCCGCGGGUAAUUUCGUCAAACCUGCUCUGCCAAAUUUCUCCUUUUUACCUCCCAAAGUCGCCGUGUGCAGUCGCGGAGUUUUAAGUUUAACACACACAAAACCAGAGAUAAACGGGCCAAAACAAACUCCACCUGUUUUUUUCCCUCAACUCCCUCCAUCCACUCUGCGCCUCCCUUUUCUUUCUCUUCCCAAACUCAAUUUCUCUUUCUGUACUCGAUCUCUCUCUCUCUUCCUACUUUCCAUCCCGCCAUCCCUCCGCUCCCCGGCGAUCUACGCCCUUCCUCCGCCGCCGCUGACAUUGCCGCCGGCUAGGGUUUCGGUGUCUACUGAUAUUCAUUCGUGUUCGUCGUAUGCUCGUCGGCCUUGCAGUUAGGGUUUCGGUUUCGGGAGGUUUCCAGAAUCGGAGCUCUCAUAACUGUCAGAUUCGGUCAGUGGUUGGGAGGACGAUAGUGAAUUAGGUUUACGGGAUUGAUAUCAGGAGAACUACGGGGAAGUUGAGUUGGCGAUUAGGUUAAUUUUUAUUGGAGUACUGGAUUUGGAAUCGGGGAGAGAGAGUCGAGUUCAUUGGAGCGCACACGCCACCCCAGUCUCCUGCAAGAAAUUGAGUAAUGAAGAUAAAGGAGGGAAAUGCGGGUCUAAUCAUAAACUUCGAGCUACUGCAUUUGCUGAAUUCAAGAGGUGCUGCUAAGGAUACCACCAGAGUGAUGGCUAGUGUGGGACGCUCUGAAUACAAGGUUUAUGAUUAUUUGGUGGGGACAGUUGCCUGCAAUCAAACUAAAGAGCACAUCAAUGAGUUCUUGGAAAAGUCUCAGAAAUUUAAGCUUACCAAAGCUGAGAUUCUGAGCAUCAUCAACACCAGGCCUUCCCAGUUAGUGGAGCUUGACCCGAUCGUAGAGCAACAAGAACAGCGACCAGAGCUUGAUAUGGAAGAACUGUUGGAGUUGAUCUUGCAAGUUUUGCCACCUCCUCCAUCAGAAACAGAACCAGAACCUGAACCAGAAUCAGAACCAGUUGAUGAGGACAACAAUAAAACUGCAGAUGCUGAAAAGAAUGUUCCCGAUGAGUAGACUAACUGUUCAGGGAUCUUUCCUCUCGAUACAUAGACUGAAAGGGUAUCAGUUGAACUGCAUUGUUAAUUUUUUUAUCAGUUGUUGCAACAAGUACAUGUUGCUGAUGUUAGUGAUCGGGUUAGUAUGAUAGAUAACAGCAACAAACCAUGAUCAGUAGGGAUCCAGGCCACUUGUUCUUUUAGUGCAUGCCAGGCUAUAAUGUUACAACGGAAAGCUUCGGACAAUUGUCAAUGUUAUGCUGUAUGAUAUAACAGAUUAUAAUUGCCUGCAAUGCAGUUGUAGCUUAUUUGAUUUAUUAUCAUCUCUUGGAUUACUUGCCUGUUUGAUAUAGCAGAUGCAAAAAUUAUGCUUUCUUGCGCAGGUUAUUGGACUUUGUGUACAUUGUGCUUUUAUAAACUCUGCAUUCAUUCUAGUCUGUGUUUUGGUCUCUGAGAUGCUGCUCAACUUGACGAUGGCUUGAAUGUUCUUUAGUUGGUGUUGUUUUCUCGAGUAGUUUCACCAUCCCCAAAUUUGCUGACCCUGAAUUUCCCCCUUGUGAGCCGGUCAAUUAACCUGACACCUCAUUGUGAAUCAAGGGAACAUUUGGAGGCCUGAUGUUUUUCUGCAGAUGAAAUUGUUUUAUCAUACAAUUUCCAUGAGCUGACUAACAAGCGAGUGAGAGUCGAUAUCGAGGCAAAUGAUUUGUCGAGAUUGCAAAGCUUUAUAUUUCCAUAGAGAAGGAAAGAUAAACAACUAUUGGAAUUAAAAAGAAUUCGGGCUUGCUUUCUCAAUUCACAUCUAUGAGCGAUGAUUCUUCUAUCUCUUGCUCGCUUCGAUCGGACUCUGACAGCUUAGGGAAGAAUGAUGGGUCGCUAACAAGGCCUCUAAAUGACCGCUCAGAAAAGGCCUACCUAUUUUUUUCCCAAUCUGUCGCUUGCUCGUCCCUCUCUCAUGAAAAUAAUCUCUCCUCUCUCGGCGGCUUUGACUCAUGUCUAUAGCCAGUUGCUAAGACGAUUCCCAUUCAAUCUCAUUCAACGAUCUAUCAAUGCUGCCCUUAUUCUUUCUUUUAUUAUUUAAAAUUCCUUUCUUUCUACUAAUUCUUACAUAAGCAAUUUGCAGGAAGUAAACGAAUCCUUCCGAACAACUAUAAAUAGCUUUAGCAUCU